AUGGUCGGCAUGGGACUGAGCGCCCCCAAGGGCAACAGCAAUGUCCGCGAGGAUGCACCUCAGUUCGAAAAGGUCAUCUGGUACAAGCAUCCCAACAUGCGCAAACUCUUCUGGCACAGCUCAGUUCUUUGCAUUGCCUCUGCCACUACUGGUUAUGAUGGUAUGAUGAUGAACUCUUCGCAGCAGAUGAACAAGUGGACCGAUUACUUUGAUAACCCUAGCGGUAACCGCCUUGGUAUAAUGAACAACAUGUACAACAUUGGUUCCAUCGUCAGUUUUUUCCUGGUCCCUUACCUUACCCAAUGGACCGGGCGUAAAAUCCCAAUUGCUGUCGGCUGCUCCAUCAUGAUUGCUGGUGCUCUCGUCUCAACUUUCUCAACCAGCUGGCAACUCUACAUGGCCGGUCGUUUUAUCCUCGGUUUCGGUAACUCGUUUGCUCAGAUGUGCUCGCCUAUUCUUCUCACCGAGAUCUGCCAUCCCCAACAUCGUGGUAUCUUUACUGCUGUCUACAACUGCCUCUGGAACUUGGGUGCUCUCUUUGUUGCAUGGAUUGCGUGGGGCACAUCCCAAGCCGACAACAACUGGUCCUGGCGCUCUAUUACCCUUCUUCAGGGUCUCCCAUCGUUUCUCCAGCUCAUGUUCAUCUGGUGGGUUCCUGAAAGCCCACGUUGGUUGAUCUCUAAGGAACGCUACGAGGAGGCGCUGGACACUCUUGCAUACUACCAUGCUGAGGGUGACCGUGAUAAUGUGACCGUCAACUUUGAAUACACCGAGAUGAGGGAAGCCAUCCGAAUGGAGGCCGAUGCCAAAACCAACUCCAGAUAUAUUGACUUCUUGAAGACCAAGGGUAACAGAUGGAGAUUGGCCAUUCUCAUCUCCCUUGGUAUCAUUUCCCAGUACUCUGGUAACGCCCUUUUCUCCAACUACAUCAACUUGGUCUACACUGGUGCCGGAAUUACUAGCCAGGAUCAGAAGAUGGCCUUGACCGGUGGUGAACGUAUCUUGUCUCUCGUCGUAUCCACAUAUGCAGCUACCUUGAUUGACAAGGUCGGACGUCGUCCCCUCUUCCUCGGCGCAACCACUGGCAUGAUGUUGUCGUUCGUUUGCUGGACCAUCACCUGCGCCGUUUACGAGAACUCCGGCGAGACAAACAAGGGUGCUGGAUACGCACAAAUUCCCUUUGUGUGGCUCUUUGGUGUAUGCUAUGCCUUUGCCUGGUCUGGUUUGCUUGUCGCCUACGCUCUCGAGAUUCUGCCCUACGCCCUCCGUGCCAAGGGCCUUAUGAUUAUGAACAUUACCGUCCAGGCUAUCCUCGCCGUCGGCGGUCAGACCAACCCCGUCGCUUGGGAUAACCUCCCUAAGCACUGGAAUCUGGCACUUUUCUACACUUUGUGGAUCUUCGUCGAGCUCGUCUUCGUCUACUUUGUCUACCCAGAAACCAAGGGACCCACUCUUGAGGAAAUCUCGCGCAUCUUUGACGGCGAUGAUGCUGUUCCCCACGUUGACAUGCACGCCAUCGAAAAGGGCGUCCACAGCGAGCACCUUGACAACCUCGGCUCCGAGAAGACUCCUCAUGUCGAGCAAGUUCGUGUUUAA